UUCCUCUACGAUCCAACCCACGGCGGCGUUGGCGGCGGCCGGCGGCCAGGGCGUGCGGAAAGAUCCGGCGGGGGCCUGCCCGCUACUUGCGCUGACCACCCCGCGCCCGCCACCGCCUCCGCCUCCGCCUCCUCCGCAGCGAUGGGCUCCAUCGAGCCGUUCAACCGGCUGGUGAGGCUGGCGGCGCGCGCCUUCUACGACGACAUCUCGAUGAAGGGCGACAACCAGCCCAAGACCUCCCGCGGGGACAACCGGGGCAUGGCCGUCGUCGUCCUCGACGCGCUCACCAGACGUCAAUGGGUUCGAGAGGAAGAUCUGGCUAAAGCAUUGAAACUCCACUCAAAGCAAUUGCGCCGUAUCCUUCGUUUCUUUGAAGAAGAAAAACUAGUGACACGAGAUCACCGGAAGGAGUCAGCAAAAGGAGCAAAAAUAUACAGUGCUGCAGCUGCAGCUGCUGGUGAUGGUCCACCAGUUACCAAGGAGGGAGAAGAGAAAGUAAAGAUGCAUACCCACUCAUACUGUUGCUUGGACUAUGCACAGAUUUGUGAUGUUGUAAGGUACCGGAUACACCGGAUGAAGAAAAAGUUGAAAGAUGAACUGGACAGUAGAAAUACAAUCCAGCACUAUAUCUGUCCUAAUUGUAAGAAAAGGUAUUCAGCAUUUGAUGCAUUGCAGCUUGUAAGCUACACUGAUGAGUACUUCCAUUGUGAAAACUGCAAUGGUGAGCUAGUUGCAGAGAGUGAUAAGCUAGCUUCUGAGGAAAUGGGAGAUGGUGAUGAUAAUGCAAGAAAACGCCGGCGCGAGAAAUUGCACGAUAUGCAGCAAAGGAUCGAUGAACAAUUGAAGCCAUUGCAAGCACAACUUAACAGGGUGAAGGAUCUGCCUGCUCCUGAGUUUGGGAGUUUACAAUCAUGGGAAAGAGCAAACAUUGGUGCUUUUGGAAGUGCUGACCCUAAUGCAGCUGACUCAUCUAAGAACUCACAAUCGCAGUAUAAUGGUACACCUAUGCCAUACCUUGGAGAAACAAAGGUUGAAGUUGCAUUGUCAGGCACCGGUGUAAAAGAUGGAAGUGCUGAAUCAGGUACCAAUGGUAAUGCGCUUAAAGUCUUGCCCCCAUGGAUGAUCAGACAAGGCAUGACUCUUACAAAAGAACAAAGAGGCGAGACCAGCAACUCAUCAAAUCUGGAUGAAAAAUCAGAAGUGAAGGAUGAGAAAAAACAGGACUCAAAAGAAGAUGAAAAGAGUAUACAGGAUGAAUAUAUAAAGGCUUAUUAUGAGGCCUUCAGGAAAAAACAAGAAGAAGAAGAUGCAAAAAGGAGAGUAAAGCAGGAAGGAGAGACACUUGCAUCUGUAUCUCAUUCUGAACGGCAGGUGGGCAUGAAAUCCAAACGAGAGGAUGAUGAUGAGGGUGUUGAAUGGGAAGAGGAGCAACCUACAGGGAAUACAGCUGAGACAUAUAAACUGGCAGAUUUGAAUGUUGAAGCCCAAGAAUCUGGUGACGAAGAAGAUAAUAUUGUCUGGCAAGAUGGUUAAAAGGCAGUCACAAAUUUGGUACGGUAAUUCAAGCUUCAGGUACAUUUCAGGAAUCGGAUGAUAGGCAAUAUCAGCAACUAGACAAACAAGACAUCAAGAAAAGAAAAAAACACGAACAGCAUUUCCACCACCGAAUUUGUUUGUAUGGUUUGUUUGACCAAGGGAAUUUACUUCGAAAUGAAGCGUUUCCUUUCAACAGCAAAAACAUUUCCAGACUUGAGACGGCCAACGGACAUCUCCUGAAAAUCGUUAUAAGCUACUAUACUGUACUGAAAACUAUUAUGCUAUUGACAUCUACAAGUCCCAUGUGGAAGGAAUGAAUUGUUGCAAAACUAGUUAACUUUGUUGAUCAGGGAAUGAUCGGUUUUUAUGUCGUGAAAAUGCAUGUUAACGAUAA